AUGCGAAGAGAAGGAAGAUGCUGUGGCAAUGCGGAUUUUCAGACGCAGCACUCCCCAAUGAACGAAGAAGCCAAGAUGCGGUUCAAGACAGACAAGGACAGCCUGGACCUCUGCUGGGGGUUUGUCAUAUUGGAGCACGAGGUCAGAAAUGUGGACGCCUGUUUUGUGAUGCUGAAUUCCAUUUUCGACAACAAUAGUCGAGUGAGGGAGGCGGCCAGAGUCGGAGCCGGCUUCGACACACAGCUGAACGACAUAAUGGACGCACAGAUCCAGCCGAUACUUCAAGAUUUCCAUCAAAGACCUCAUUAUGACUACGUGUACGAGCAGCGCCUGCAGACGGCAGCAGACAAUUUUGUGGCGGCGGCUUCACUACUGCCUCGAGUGUCAGGAUGUUUCCCUCCAUGUGGUUUCCAAAGCGAUGGCGCUGUGUACAACUGUGAGACAUGCAAAUAUGACUCGUGUGAGUUCCCCCUGGACUGCCCAGUGGUGCAGAUGGAGGUGAUGGAGAACAGCAGAAUCAGCAUGCAGUGCAGAGUGGCGUUUGUCUUGCCUAAAGACUUUGUGGCUGUGUGGAGGUUUGCACAGAAGCUCAACACUCAGCAGGUGGAGGAAUUCAAGGAGGUGACAGCCGGAGCAGACCUGGUCUUCACCAUCCCCUCCACAUCUCCUCAGGACCAGGGCAUGUACCAGUGUGAAGUGUUUUCCGAGAAGCGCUCCAUCGUCAGGCUCUACCACCAUCUUUCAGUGAGUCCACAGGUGGAGGUGGGUCACUCGCAGCUUCAGGAGGUCUUUGACUUGACCCUUGCCUCAGGUGGAUCACUUCUCCCUGUGAACCUCACCUCCCCCUUCGGCCCCCAUGGCCCUGUCUUCUCUGUGCUGCUGGGGGCCUGUGUCAGUGCCGUGCUGCUGCUGCUGCUGCUCUCCAUCGGAACUGUGUACGCUGUGUCAAAGUCGGCAGUGAGAGGAGACGUGGAGCCAGACGCAGAUCAGGAGAGUUCAACAUGA